CUGAUCCUAUUAUUCACCAACAUGUUAAAACCAACAAUUCUCAUCGUCAUCAUCUUGCUUUUUCAUCAAUUUUUUAUUAACUGUCAACAAUCAUUUGAAAUUGCCAAAUUUAUUUCCGAACAAAAUGAACAAUUUAAACAAGAAAUUAAUCAAGAAUUUGAAUUUCCAAUUCAUUCAUCACGAAAUAUACAACAAGAAUCAUGUGUCCCAUUGACAACACCUGUAGAAUAUUGUUCCGGACUAAUUCCAAAUAACAUUUCGUAUAUAACUUCAAGAUCAUUAAACACAGUCGAACCUAGACUAAUCUCACAAAUUGACAAUUUUAUUACAAAAAUGGAAGUUAAUUAUGGUUCUAUUACAUCUAAUUGUAAAAAUUCAGCAAUUGAUUUAUAUUGUAGCAUGUCAUUUAAAAGAUGUGUUCAUGACAGGAGUAGAGGAUUAGUUGAGCUCUAUAAACCAUGUCAAUAUUUAUGUCAAGAAUUAUAUUUGAAUUGCAUUCCUGAUAGAAAAGUUGCAAUUGCUUCAUCUAGAAAUGAUUGUGGUGAUGAAAAUUAUCCGAAAGGUGCUUAUUCAGUUCAACCAACUUGUACUGAUAUUUAUUUUGAUAGAGAUGUCACUUCUUAUUAUAUUAUGAGUUUUACUUUAUUAGGUGUUGGAUUAUUGAGCUCAUUGAUGUGUGGUGGAAGUUUUUUAAUUUGUAUUUGUUGUGCCAAGUCAAUUAAACCAUCAAAUUCAACCAUUGGUGAUGCUUAUUCACAUCAACAAGAAUCUGAUACUAAUUCUAGACAAAGUAUUAAUAGUGGAUUUAGAUUUUCAAUUGAUGAAGGAAAACCAAUGUUUUCAAAUUCACCAAUUAUCAAUUCAUCCAUUAAUUCAACUAAUUCAGUUGGUGGUGGUGUUAAUACUACUUCUGGUAAUGCUGCUAAUACUACAACUACCACUGCAAGUGGUAAUAGUAAUGCAUUUGGAGGAAAUGAUAAUGAUGGAUUGACUGUUAUUAAUAUUAGUGGUGGUGAUAAUGAUUCAAAUUAAUCAUCAUCAUCACUCUCAUCUCAUUGUGUAAAUUAUAAAGUGUGCAUUUUCUUG